AAAUUAUUUAGUUCGAAUCAAGUAUUCGAACAGUUAGCCUCUUUCUCCGGGCUUAAUUUUUUGUUCGAGUAAACAUACAAAGUUUUUCAUUUUAAUUUUCUAUUGUUUUUGUUGUUUUUAUUUUUGUGUGUUUAAAGUCGAUUUUUGUCCAAUAAUUCGAAAAAAUCAUGGCGGAAGCACCAAAACCAGCUGCUCCAGAAGGAGAUCAAAUUAUUAAUUACAUGAAAAAUCGUAUCCGUAAGGGUGCGAUGAAACGAAAAGGAAUCGUUGUCAUCCAAGGACAUCGAUUCCAGCCACGCUUUUUCAAACAACCAACAUUCUGUGGUCAUUGUAAGGAAUUCAUUUGGGGCUUCGGCAAACAAGGUUUCCAAUGUCAAGCAUGUAGAUUCAACGUCCACGACCGAUGCUACGAAUACGUGGUCUUCAAGUGCGCUGGCAAGGAUACGGAAAUCGAUUCGGAUUGCCAGAAAGUCAAACACACUUUCGAGUCGACCACAUACAAGGCCCCGACAUUUUGUGACCAUUGUGGCUUGCUGCUCCAUGGUAUUGCUCAUCAGGGAUAUUGUUGCAGUGGAUGUAAGCUGAAUGUGCAUCCAAAGUGCAAGGAUGAAAUUCCCCAAUUGUGUGGAGCUGACAUAACGGAAAUUAGAGGACGAAUCAAUUUGAAUAUAUCUCACAAGGGUGGUGUCCUUACUGUUGAGAUCAAAGAAGGUGCUAAUUUAGUUCCAAUGGAUACUAAUGGACUCAGUGAUCCAUAUGUGAGUGUUCAAAUUCAUCCAGACAAAGCUGGAAAGACAAAGAAGAAGACAAAGACCAUGAAGGCAACUCUUAAUCCUGUCUAUAAUGAAACAUUUACUUACGAUAUAAAGCCAGAAGACAGAGAAAAGCGAUUACUGGUAGAGGUAUGGGAUUGGGAUAGGACUUCUCGUAAUGACUUCAUGGGAUCACUUUCCUUCAGUAUUCAAGAAAUCAUUAAGGAACCUGUUGAAGGUUUUUAUAAACUAUUAUCUCAAGAAGAAGGUGAACAUUAUAAUAUUCCAUGCAGUGAUCCAAACAAUGAUAUUGCCAUGCUCCGGGAUCAAGUUAGAAAUUCAUCAUCACGUGAAGCAAAACGCCGCAUGGACAACAAGGACAUGCCUCAUAAUAUGAGCAAACGUGAUAUGAUUCGAGCAGCUGACUUUAAUUUCCUAAAAGUUCUUGGUCGUGGUUCAUUUUCAAAGAUUCUCCUGGCCGAACGCAGAGGUACAGAUGAGUUGUAUGCAUGCAAAGUUCUUCGUAAGGAUGUCAUCAUUCAAACUGAUGAUAUGGAACUUCCAAUGAUUGAGAAACGUGUCUUGGCAUUGUCGGGAAAACCACCAUUUUUGGUGCAAUUGCAUUCAUGCUUCCAAACUAUGGAUCGAUUAUUCUUUGUUAUGGAAUAUUGCAAAGGUGGGGAUUUGAUGUAUCAAAUUCAGCAAGUUGGACGUUUCAAGGAAAAUGUUGCUAUGUUCUAUGCUUGUGAGGUUGCAGUGGCAUUGUUCUUCUUACACGAGAGAGGCAUCCUCUACCGCGAUCUCAAAUUGGACAACAUUCUCUUGGACUCUGAAGGACACGUUAAGAUGGCAGAUUUUGGACUUUGCAAGGAAGGCAUCAAAGAUGAAAUGACAACAAACACUUUCUGUGGCACUGCAAACUACAUGGCUCCAGAAAUUUCCCAAUAUCAACCAUAUACCAAUGCAGCAGAUUGGUGGUCCUAUGGAGUCCUUUUGUAUGAAAUGCUUGCUGGCCAGUCGCCAUUCGAAGGUGAUACUGAUGAAAUGAUUUUCAAGGCAGCCAAAGAGAACAAAGUGCUCUUCCCGAAACAUUUCACUCAAGAAGCCAGAGAUGUUUUAACUGGAUUUUUAACAAAGAAACCAGAAAAUCGCCUUGGAUCUGGAACAACUGCACGUUAUGAUAUCAGGACGCAUACAUUCUUCAAGGACAUCGAUUGGGAUAAGGUAUCAGCUUGUGAUAUGGAACCACCAUUCAAACCAAAAAUUAAACAUCGCAAAGAUAUUUCGAACUUUGAUAAGGAAUUCACUGAAGAAAAAACCGAUUUAACUCCAACUGAUAAAUUAUUCAUGAUGAAUAUGGAACAGAAUGAGUUUAUUGGAUUUUCCUAUUUAAAUCCAGAAUUUAUAACUAUGUUGUAAAUUUUCAAAGGGAAUCAUAGAGCAUACCAAGAAUUUCGUUUACAUUGAUGGAACUAUAAAUGUUUAGUCAAUGUUAUAUGUAAAGUUAAAAAAAUAAAUAAAAAUGAAUGAAUUAAAUGAA